AUGGUUUCUAAAAUUUCGCUAUUAUUUUUUUUGUUAUUAUAUGUUACCAUCUUUAUUUCUGUUGAAUCAAGAAAAAAAAUUCACCAGGUAUUUGGUGUUGUUGGGAGAUUGACAUGUGAUGGAUUUGCUAUGGAAGAAAUUAAGGUAAAGGCUUAUAAAGUUUGUGAUCAUGUAGAUAAAUAUUUAAAUCAAACAUAUUCUAAUCAUAAUGGAGUUUUUAUAAUUAGUGGAAGCAUAGACUCGUCUGGAGCUAUAGAAGCAAAAAUUAACAUUUAUCACAAGUGUAAAAAAGGAUGGAAUAUUUGUUACAGAAAGUAUUCUUUUGUUGUUCCAAGAAGAUUUAUUUGGAGAGGAUAUAAAAUUGGAAGGUGGUUUAGGGCAGGACAAAUCAGAAUGCAAAAACGACAAAAUUGGGGAGAAAGAGAUUGCUUUAACUAA